AAGUCGAAGUCGAAGAUGAGGGUGAUGGUUGCUGUCGAAGACGAGGGUGAUGGUCGAGUCGCUGUCAAAGACGAGAGUGAUGGUCGAAGUAGCCUCUUUGCUUCGAUGAGAUUAGGGCAAAAGUCAAAGUCGAAGGAGGGUGAUGGUCGAAGUCCUCUUUGCUUUGAUGAGAUUAGGGCAAAUGUCGAAGUCGAAGACGAGUUGCUUGUUGCCGGGGGUGGAAUGUACGUGGAGGUGUUCAACAUAGGGGUUAUUCUGCUUGCAUACAGCAUCAAGAAGAAAAACAAAGCAGGAGAGAGUAAUACUUACUUGGAUGGUAUCUACCUCCUCUUCACUUAUUUCACCAAACCCGAGUCCAUGGCAGUUCUUGAGGGAACACUGCAAACAGAUGAUGAUGUAAUUCGAUCAUCCACCUUUAAAAUCAGGAAGAGGAAGUACUAAUUUGGGGUGUACUUUGAUUCAGUUGUGUAGCUCAAAGGGGAAGACAGAAGGGAAACCGCAUAGUUUUGAGCUCAUGUUUUCUUUCCUGUUGUUGGAAAUUGAUUUGUUUUGUGUAACAUAAUCAAGUUUUCUGGCAGUUAAAAGCUAUGCUGUAUAGCAGUUGUUGCUUGAAGUUGCAGUAGAGGGUCAGCAUCUUAAUGGUAGGAAAGUUCGGCUUAAUCUUGAUUCUGUUGGACUUAUGUCCAGUAGUUUCUAGAGUAAAACCUAUUGUUCUUCCUUUAAUUGGAAAUAUUUUGAGCAUUUCUACAAUGAAUAUAGAAUAUCUGUUACUCUCUCAUUUA